UUGAUUGUCUCAUCUUACUCGGAACUAAUAACCCUUGGUGAGAGACCGCCACCCUGUUACCAAGAUAUUUCCAAAAUGGGCCAGAAUGUAUGCAAUGCUAUGAAGUCUACUGGUCACACGAAUGAAUGUGGAAUUAGUUUCAUCCGGAAAAGAAUCUCCUAUAUAGUGGGUGGCACGGAAGCUUACCCUGGAUCGUGGCCAUGGAUCGUGAUGCUCCUUGUGAGCGGUGUCCGGAUGUGCGCAGGAACAAUCCUCAACAACGACUGGGUAUUGACAGCAGCACAUUGCUUUGACUACGCUCAGUUGCGCAAUGCUAGCCUCUGGAAUGUGACGUCAGGAAAGCAUCAUUCUAACUGUACAGACACAACAGAACAAGAGUGGCCAGUUUCCCAAAUUGUGAUUCACCCUGGUUAUGUGGCGCCUACCAACGAAAAUGACAUUGCCCUACUGAAGCUUUCCAAGCCUCUCACUUACAAUUGUCGAACACAACCAAUUUGUUUGCCCAAAGAUGACAAGCCAUUAAAAACUGGAAGAUUCUGCAAAAUUGCUGGAUGGGGCAUGACAUUUGGUAAAGGAUCAAGGACUGCCCUGAAUGAACUAACAUUACCUGUCAUCAACGGUUCUUUAUGUGGAUCACUUGAAUACUAUGGAAAUCGAUAUCACGAGGAAAAUAUGGUUUGUCUCGGCUACCCUGAAGGUGGACUUGAUGCCUGUAAUGGAGACAGCGGUGGUCCCAUGGUGUGUAAUAACAAUGGAAAAUGGAUACUUUCAGGUGUGACAAGUUGGGGUCUCGGUUGUGCACAACCUAAACAACCUGGGGUUUACACUCGAAUAAGGCCCUUUAUGACAUGGAUAAAGAAGUAUUUAAAUGCAAACGAAAACGGCAUUGUUGGUUAACAUGUGAUAUGUAACUGUUAAUAAAGCAUGUUUACAUUUGGUAGCAAUGUAUAUAUAAUACUUAACGUAUACGUGUUUGUUAUGGGAGUAUGUAUUUAUUAAGUUAAGAAAAUAAAGUUGAGCGUCGUACAGUGGAUGAAUGUUCUGUCGACAGUCGAAUCGAGCCGAGCACAUAAUGUAGUUUCAAUCCUCAGUUAGAAUCACUACACUUAUCUUUCGCCUUGAGUCAUGCAGUACGCUUGUGUUGACGCUCAAGAAGCGCCGGAAGGAAAAUGUUAGCCUGUGGCCAUCUAAUAUGUACUAUUUCUUUCAUAUGUAUGUUAACGAAAUUUAUAUCAAAUACAUCGACCGAAACUGUAUGUUGUGUGUCGAAUUAAAUUUAAAAUACGGGAAUAAAAUAGCCAAGCACUACCUUUGUAUGAGUUUUAUAGCAUGAUUUGGUUAUCACUGAAGCCAUCGCAACUUUGUCACGCUGUAUUCUCUGCCCUUGCUAUACAACUUACUUCACAUUUCAAAGUUUUUUGGGCGAUCUUUUUUUCAAAAUUAAGAAACUGUUUAAGUGAAAAUAUUAAGCUUUGCAUGAUGAACUGAUGACCCUUCCUACUUUCGCCGAAACUAUUUAGUAUUUUAUUAUAAUCCCAUUCAUGUCUAGGGUACUUUAUUAAAUCGAUUCGAGUGCUUGA